CGAUAUAAUGUACGAAGAACUCAAACCCCACGACGGAGCCCUUGUUGGGAGGGAUCCGUGAUGCCCGUCGCAGCAGCUCUGCCGGACGACGCGCUCUGGCGGCCAUGGGCGGACCUCCCUUUGGAUCUCCUCCGCGACAUCUCCGGCCGCCUCGACACCACCACCGACUACGUCCGCUUCCACGCCACGUGCAAGCCCUGGCGCGACACGCUCCCGCCGGCGCCGUGCUAUCCCGCGUUCCUGCCAUGGCCAUGGCUGCUCGCGCCGCCGGACUCCACCAAGCACCGGAAGGCUCGCUGCGUCUUCUCCUCCUCCAAGUCGACCCGCCGUGGCACCGUCGCCGAGGAUUGGGGGUGGGUGAUCAGCCUGGUAGACGGCACUGCCGUCUCCACCCUCACCAGUAUCUGUUUCGGCGGCCUCACCGACGACCCUCUCACUGAAUCUGCUGCAUCUGCAUCCGGCAAACCCCUACUCCUACCUCCAUUUUCACGUCACCGUGAGGCCAAGUGGUGGGUGGAUCACGCCAAUGGUUUUGUCUCUGGUGACGGCACAAUCUUUUUAUACUUGACUGUUCCCGUCCGCUGGAGGUGCAAUUACCUGUUGCCGUUCAACGCUGCCCUACUGCGUCCCGGCGAUGCGGCAUGGACAAUGGUGCAUAAGCAGUUCCACGGCGUAUCCUCCAUAAACAGUUGCAUUGCACAUCACGAUGGGAAGAUCAUCGUCGUACGCGACGGUCACCGGUCUUGGUCCUGCAUCGAGACAAGGCAGGUCCACUGGUGGGAGCCUGGGAGGAGUGGGUUAUUACCAAUACCCCAUUGCCAUCUGAAUGUGGCAAAGCAUUGCAGUCCAGCUACCUCUUGGAGUCUAAAGGCGAGCUUCUUCUGGCAAAUGUGGUAGCCAAUCACGGGCACUGUUACCGCUAUACCGUCAGCAGCUUUAUGGAUGGGCGGUCAGUUUCAGUCCACGCGCUGCAGCAGGCGGAAGGCACAGAAACACAGUGGGUGAAGAGGGACGUCCGGAGCUUGGCUGAUCGUUUCAUCUUCCUUGGGAAGCCAAGCAGCUUUGCUGUGGAUGCCGCGCGGUUUGGCGUGAGCAGCGGCGGUGGGUGCGCCUAUUUUGUCAUCAAGAGCGAGCUCUAUGGGGGCAUCUGGAGCAAGUCGGCUGUCAAAUGCUGCCGUGUGUUCAGGUACAGCUUCCAGGAUGAUAGGUCGGAACUCACCGAGCAGCUCCCAGGCGAAUGGGACGACGACGCCUGCAUGUGGUUUACGCCGCCACAACCUUCCAUUGCUUCAACUGAGGAAAUUAGAGAGAGGCUUGAGCCUUCACACAGAGAGGCUGCAGCUGCAGGAGGGCCACUAUUCGGGCCUUAUUUCAGGAUUUAUGUGGGCAAUCUGUCAAGGAAUGUGGACAACUAUAGACUGGGACAGUUCUUCAGCAAGUAUGGCAAGGUAGCAGAAGCAAGGGUCAUGUGCCACAUAAAAACCAAGCGUUCACGAGGGUUCGGGUUUGUGACCUUGGCGACCGUAGUCGAUCAUGAGCAGGAACAUGCUAUUGCUAAGCUGGAUGGACAGAUUUUAGACAGGCGCCCCGUGCGAGUGAAGCUUGCAGAGCAGAAGCAGCCACAUGUAGCUUGCUAG